AUGGACGAGGAAGGCAAUUCAAGCGGGUGGCAAUUGACAGAGUCCGACCCGGGGGUGUUCACUGAACUUUUGAAAACCUUGGGCGUCCCACUUGUAGUGGAUGAUCUUUAUUCUCUCGACGCAGAAUCCCUGGCAGCACUUCAGCCAAUACGUGCAUUAAUAUUUUUAUUUAAAUGGAUUGGUGGAGGAGAUGAGACAGGGGGAGGGGCGGGCCGAUAUGACGAGGAGUUUCCAGGAUUUUUUGCUCACCAGGUUGUGAAUAAUGCCUGUGCGACAAUUGCGGUCCUCAAUGGCGUGUGCAACAUACCAUCCCUCAAGAUGGGCAAGGAGCUUACCGAUUUGAUUUCGUUUGCCACGGGAAUGGACUCGCAGACAACAGGACUUGUAGUUACAUCAUCCGAUUUUCUUCGUUCGGCUCAUAAUGCCCUAUCCCCUCCAUCAGUAAUCUCUGUAUCUGACGGCCCACAGCCCAAGUCGUCCGAAGAUGCGUAUCACUUUAUUUCCUAUUUACCUGUCAUGGGUCAGAUAUAUGAAUUUGAUGGUUUAAAGCGAGCGCCCGUUGCGCAUGGUCCCUAUGAGGAAAAGGGAGAGGGUUGGGUUGCAAAAGCAAGGGAUGUUAUCGAGAAGAGAAUAGGAACUUAUCCUCCAGGCUCGUUACACUUCAAUCUCCUUGCAGUCAGAGAUGACCCUCUGCCUAAUUUACAAGCACAAAUCGAGACCGCUCAAGCUUCUGGCCAAGAGCUUGUCGCAGCAGAUCUCGUGUUCCGGCUCUCCCAAGAAAAAGAAAAGCGGGCGCGUUGGGAUUUUGAAAAUUCACUGCGUAGGCAUAACCACCUUGGCCUCAUACACGCUCUCCUCGUAGAGUUGGCAAAGAAGGGGCAGCUAGAUGCUGCCGUCACGGAUGCCAAAGCCAAGAUGCAAGAGCGUUUAACCAAGGCCCGAGAGAGCGGUCAGAUGGAGGAAGACUGA